GAGAAGUGUAACCUAAACUCUCUCUAUCGCUAUCUCAUCGUCAUCGAGUUUCUCUGGACUCUGAUCUCCCUCUCGAAUCUCGCUGUCUCGGCCUCUCAAAGAAAAGUUGUUGGCACUGCCACUGCGCAUCACGACGAUUGGAGUACUGUUGUACUGGUCCCGCUCUGCUUCUGCUCUGCUACCUCGGUUACUCUGUUACUCAGUAGUGAGUAGUCUGUCAUUAUCUUCAAAGAAUCAACGCUUUGUAAUAUGGAUAAAUACCUCAAAAGAAAAGCUCCAAUGGUCCCAGUGGAUGUAGAUCAACCUAGUUUGAAUCAAAAACAGAAAGAAAUUGAUUUGGAAGAUAUUCUUGCGGAUCCUGGACUUCGAAAACCAAUUAAUGAGUACCUUGUUAAUGAUAGAGACAGAGUUCGAAGAGCAUAUUUACAAAAGGGUCCUACUCAACCUCAUGGGCACAUGUUCCCACAGAAAAUGAUUAGUGGUAUGUUACGACGGUUCAAUGAAGCUUGGUUUGAUGAAUAUCCGAGCUGGUUGGAGUAUAGCGUGGAGAAAGAUUCUGUUUAUUGCUUAUAUUGUUACUUGUUUAAGUCAAAAAGUGGUUAUCAAGGAGGUGGUGAUUCCUUUGUUGGUGAUGGAUUUUCAAAUUGGAAAAAGAAAGGCAGAUUCGAUGUCCACGUGGGAAGGCCUAAUAGUUCUCAUAAUGAAGCUCGAAUGAAGUGUGAGAAUCUAAUGAAUAAAAAAAAAGUAUUGCAUCUUUCUUCUCUAAGCAGUCAUUGAAGAAUCGAAGUGAUUAUCGAAUUCGCUUGAAUUCUGCUAUCGAGUGUAGUCGGUUUCUAUUACACCAAGGGCUCCCGUUCCGUGGCCAUGAUGAAUCUCAAGCCUCAAGCAAUCAAGGAAACUAUUUAGAGCUUCAAGGUUUUCUUGCAAGAAAUAAUGAGGUGAUAAAAAGUGUUGUUCUUAAUGAAGCUCCUGGCCAUCACAAAUUGACAUCACCCGAUAUUCAGAAGGAAAUUACUCAAGCUCCUGUAGAGGAGACUACCAGUGCAAUCAUCAAAGACCUUGGUGAUUCAUUAUUUUCCAUUAUGAUUGAUGAGUCGCGUGACAUG